GGACAACUGCAACGUAUAUUUCGUUUCUUUGGCCCUCAGUCCGCACUGUUCGCUGUUUCUAAAAGCUACUUGCGGAACAAAACGUCCUUUCAAGUUUAUUUCACGGAGACUCCUAGGGAGCCGGAUUUUGGAACACACUAAGCACAAGGAUUGCUCUUGGAUCUUGCGUGAUAGCAAUCACUUUUGACAACUUCAAGCCCCCCCCCCCUACGGUUUUUUUUUUGGAUACGAGUACACAUGCGCACACGACAUACACUUCACACUCUGCCCACGUUUCCUGUUUGGUCGGCUGGUUUCAUAUCUGACACGCGUCUCGUCCUUGGUGGCGGUGGUGGGACUGGGAGAACGGGUGUGAAAAACAAACUUAGGCUAUACGACGUUCAAGAUGGGGGCGAAAAAAUCGAGCUACUCAAUGAAAGCCUGAUGGAGAAGGAUGAAGAUGCUCCGAUGACUCUAGCUGUCAAUCCGCAGGACGGGUCGCUUGUGUGUGGUGUAAAUGCAAGCUCCGAGUCGAUUGAGAAGGGUGUCAAUGAGCACUGUCGCCUCUACAGAAUGAAGGGAAACGAGCUUUCGUUGGAGAAUCAAAAGCAGUUUAUCUCGACGAAUGACGUUGAAGUGUACCAGACGCUACUGCGUUUUCACCGGAUCGUUCGUUGGUGGCUGUUGGGACGACGGAUAAUGUGGUGUCCAUCGCAUCGUAUCCUUCUCUUGCUGCUAUUGCCGCUCCUUUUCAAAUACCGGAGGGCAAGCUUUAUGCCUUGGACUUCUCUGACGACACCCUACUUAUUACGACUGAUACUGCCCUCUAUCUGUACCACUCCCACUGGCGAAUGGCAAGGAGAAAGCAGAAGAGACUGAUGAGGAGGGCACGCUCCCUGAGCUUGAAGCCUCACAGACCAUGCCAGUACCGACAUCCGACCUGCGGGAAAAGUCACCAUAUGAUAAGGUUGCAUGGACGUUCCGCUCUGCCAAAUUCAAUCCGAAGAAUCCCAGAGUGUUUUGGCAGUCGUUAAUAGUGCACCGUACCGUAAGGGGAAGAUGAAGCUGGAUCGAAGAUCUUACUUGAUCCGUUGGGAGCUUCCUGGUGCCACUGUCAAGGGGGCCGCUCUGACAGCUGGGGAGAUGCUGUUCCAACAAUUUCCCGUAAAAUA